AUGGCAUUCACUAUGAUAAAAUAUAUCACUCCCUUAAAAGAAUCAUGGAGAUUGAAGGUGAGGAUUGUGAGGUUUUGGGAACAACCGGAUUUCAAAGACCAUACUGUAAUCGGCACUCAUGAAUUAAUAUUGGUGGAUGAGAAGGGCUCCAAAAUACAAGCAACCAUAAACAAACAUCUAUUUGACAACUAUAAGAAUCUUGUGAAAGAGGGCGCAACUCGUAUUAUCUCUAAUUUUUUGGUCAAAAAAACAGGCGGUCAACAUAGGGCUACUAGCCAUGACUACAAAAUCGUUUUCAUCUACAAAACGAAUGUCAGGGAGUGUGACAAUGUACAACUUCCACUGCAUGGAUUUGACUUUGUGCCCUUUGACAAGAUGCAUAAAAAGGAGGUCAAUGAUGUUUUUUUAGUAGAUGUUAUCGGAGAAUGCACUGCAAUGAGCGAUAAAAUUGACACUUCAACCAAUGGAACACCAAAUUACAAAGUGAUGUUCGAGUUAGAAGAUUUAAACAAAAAUACAAUAAGUGGUACUCUAUGGGGAAAAUAUGCUGAACAAAUGUCAGAGUACAAGAAAGAGGGUAUCCAAGGACGUCCUAUUAUUAUACUACAAUUCGUUAAGAUAAAGAGAUGGAGAGAUCAAGUUUCACUUUGUAAUUCACUGUUUGCGACCAAGAUAUUCAUCAAUGAGGACAUCUCAGAAGUGAAUGAUUAUAAGGAAAGCAUCACCGAUGGGGAUGAUUCUCGCUCGGUGGGUAUCACUCAUUUGUCAAGCCAAAAUUCACAUUCCAUAGAAGAUGAGUUUAUGAAAUUGUCUGAACGUAAGCAAUUAGAUGAGAUACCCGAUACUAAUAAGAUAUUGUGUAUAUAUAACAUUUAAUAAUUGAUUGUA